ACGAGGGAAGAUAUCGAACAGGUUUAUUCCUCAUCCUUUCCGCAUCCUCUUUAAACCUAAAAGAGUAAUAACUACUACUACUCCCUCAAAAACAAAAGCAGCGUCUUGUAGUUGUAUCACCAUUCACCACCUCUACUCGGCGGCGCCUCUGCCGACCACCUCUCCGCUGCUGUCAUUCUCGUAGGUGGGUGUUCUGAUAGUAUAUCAGAAUGAGAAUAGAAAAGUGCUGGUUCUGUUCUUCCCAAGUAUACCCCGGCCAUGGAAUCCAGUUUGUUCGUAAUGAUGCAAAGAUUUUUAGAUUUUGUAGAUCCAAAUGUCACAAGAACUUUAAAAUGAAGAGGAAUCCUCGCAAGGUUCAGUGGACCAAAUCCUAUAGAAAAUUGCAUGGGAAGGAUAUGACACAGGACUCUACCUUUGAGUUUGAGAGGAAGCGAAAUAGGCCGGAAAGAUACGACAGGACUCUUGCUGAGAAGACACUGAAGGCAAUUAAGACUAUUGACAAGGUCCGAACUUCAAGAUCCGAAAGUCAUAUCAAGAACAGGAUGAAGGGGAACACACGCAGAGAGCAUGACAAAGCACGGAAAGAGCUGGUACAGAGCAUCCACUUGGUCAAAGAUCCACUUUCUCUCAAAGAAGAUCCUGCCCUCGUCUUACCAAAGCUUAAAGUCAAGAUUUCACAGCCUCAAGAAGAAAAUCUUGCGAUGGAAGAGUAAUUUGUCCACCAUAUAUGGCUUUGAUAGUGUCAUUUACAAUGUGGUCAAUUUUUGUAGUAGCCUUUGAGAGAACCUGUUAUGCUAUUAAGCACUGUGGAUUUGUUGAUCUGCAGUUUUUGUCUGACACACUGGUCAUUCUAGAAGUUCCUUUGUUUCUUUUAUAUGGUACUUAGUAUUAAUAUUGUAAUAACCUUUUGUUGAUUAGAUUUAAUGAUUUGUACUCAAACUGACAUUAAUCAAUACCCGGCGACCUGAGAUUUAAUAGUGCUCUCCUGUUCUGUA